UUGUUUAUUUUAUCACUACCGCAAACUUGUAGAAGGUGCUCAGCACGGCGGAGUUGUAGCGUUCGCAUUUUGUACGAUUGUAUGCUGCGCGAAGGAAGCGGCUAACAUGAGCCGAAACCCUGGAAAAAACAAACUAAAUCUCAAGCUUCCGCCGGGCUCCAUAGAGCCACUAGAUCACUCGGGGUGCGAUCCGACAAACGACAAAUCGACUCAGAACACGAGCAUCGAAGACUUGCAGAAAACACUCGAAGGCUUGGACUUAGAUGAACAGCAGCGCAAGCGGCUGGAGGCAUUUCUGUCCCAGAAGCAGAAAGUUGGCGAGCUCAGCAGUGAUGACUUUGAGAACCUUGGUGAGCUUGGUGCUGGAAAUGGGGGAGUUGUCACCAAGGUGCUGCAUAGACCCAGUGGCUUCAUCAUGGCCCGGAAGCUGAUUCACUUGGAAGUCAAACCUGCCAUUCGGAACCAGAUCAUACGAGAGCUGAAGGUGCUUCAUGAGUGCAACUCUCCGCACAUAGUGGGCUUCUACGGAGCCUUCUACAGUGAUGGUGAAAUCAACGUCUGCAUGGAAUACAUGGAUGGUGGCUCCUUAGAUUUAGUGCUAAAAAAGGCAGGCCGCAUUCCUGAAAAAAUUUUGGGCAAGGUCACAAUAGCGGUACUGAAAGGUCUCAAUUAUCUGAGGGAGAAGCAUCAGAUAAUGCAUCGCGAUGUCAAGCCAUCAAACAUGCUUGUGAAUUCUAGGGGCGAAAUCAAGAUCUGCGACUUUGGCGUGAGCGGGCAACUGAUUGAUUCAAUGGCAAACUCUUUUGUGGGAACACGGUCUUACAUGUCGCCGGAGCGACUCCAAGGCACGCACUACACUGUUCAAUCGGACAUCUGGAGCCUGGGCCUGUCAUUGGUGGAAAUGGCACUGGGCCGCUACCCGAUCCCACCACCUGAUGACCGAGAACUGACUGCCAUCUUUGGCCGCAACUACACCCCUGAAAGUAACUCUGGCAUGGCAUCGGGUGAUGGACCACGGCCCAUGUCAAUCUUCGAACUUCUCGACUACAUUGUCAACGAAGUGAGCAACGAUUCAUUCUUUCUUCAAUGUUUAGAAGACAGUUUCACACUAGUGAUGUGGGGUGCGCGACCAUCCGUGGGCGACGUUCUCGAGGUGCUACAGCAGCGCAUGCUGGACAACUCGGUUAUAGUGUUCAGCAGCGACACGGAGGCUUGCCCUGGGGCCUGCACGCCAGCCGUGGCUUCAACUGGCCGCUACGGGGCGCCAAGGGCACCCUGGUUUACGCCAACCGACGGUUGUGCGACGUCCACCGUUCAGCUAGACGCACGCGCCGCUUGCACAAUCUCGCCCAGGCGGAGAUCCGUCAAAAAUGAAGAGGCUCGACGGCCACGACAUGUGGCUGCAACUGUGCGCCGACCUGCCUCCCCGCGUGUCGAGCUGCUGUACAACAUCGACCCCGUGGGCGACACGGCGGCACUGCGCUACCGCGAUUACAAGCUGCCAGUGGCGCGAGAGGGCCACACUCACCUGCGGCCCGCAGGAGAGCUCCACUUCGUGGGCGGCGACCCACCCUACCUGUUCGACCUGUCCAAGGAUCCUUGCGAGAUGCACAACCUGGCACCCGACAACCGAGCGCUGCUGUCCGUGCUCAUUCGGAAGCUCGCGAGCUACGCGAUCACAUCGGUGGCGCCACGCAACAAGCCCGCAGACCCGAGGUCGUACCCCCAGUACCACAACGGCACCUGGGCGCCUUGGGUGAAUGUCGCCUCCACAUAG